AUGGCGCCCCAGAGCAGCCCAGAUUCUAACAAAGGAUCUGAACUUAGGAAGAUGGCAGAUCUCUUUGGCCGUAGGGGUAACCAACAGUACAAUGAAACCGGAAGCGACUUCAGUAGAGCUAACAGCAUGUCCAGGCCAAGUGGCAAGUCGAUCUACCAACAGCGUAAGGAAUACACUGAAAAUAUUAUCAAGCAGGAAAAUGACUUGCAGCAUCCGGUGGAGCACCUGCUCACUUGUAUCAUUGACGGCAGAGAAAUUAGCAACACGAAGAACUGCAUUGACCGCCUCAAGAUGAUGAGUGCCGAAGGCCACGUGUGGGGACAAAGCAUGUUUUUGCAGGUGAAGGAUUUCCAGUUGCUGCUGACUGAUAUUGAGACAGAGACGGAGCUGGAGAGCUACCCGCUGCCGUGCAUCCUUGAAUGUGCCUGUGUCCUUAACAGCUGUGUUUACAAUUCCAUCUUGGCCAUCACUGUGAAAGAUGUGAAACUCCCCAGAAAUAAGAUCCUGCUCUUUCAGUGCGAGAACAUUGGAGCAGAUAUGCUGAAAAUCAAAUUGGAAAAGAUCAUUGAGGAACAGAGGAAUGAACAGCAGAAUGAUCACUUGCUCAGAUGCCAGCUGGAGAUCCUGAACCAUGUCCUGGAUGACAUUGAACGGUUAGUAAGUAAGCUUAAUUCAGCCAGUGGCUCCUCGAGUGUCAACAAGAAGAAAUGGAAUUGGAAAAUGAAGAAAAGUCAAAAUGGAUUGCCUUCAAAGGAUAAACUUGAGGACUGUUUCCAGAAGAUCAAAUAUGGCAUCAAUUUGCUGGGGAAACUCGAAGGCAAGAUAGAACAGCCAAGUGUUCCUCAGCUGAUUCAUCUUUUAUUUUCCACUUUAUCUACCAUUUUGUCCAAGUGUUCCGGGACCUACGUGGCUUCUUCAGUGGUAUCACCUUUGUUGAUUCCCGAAGCUAUUGACAUGCUCAGGCGCACCUUGAAUUAUGAUGAGCAGCUGACUUGGAAGAGUUUGGGAAUAGCUUGGAGUGUGCCCAGGUCACAGUAUCCAGGGGGAGAAUCCGUCCCUUCCUACAUGCCCAUUUUCUCGGAUGGAUGGGUGCUUCCCAUGCCCACUUGGAGACUCGCUCAUUCGGAAAUGGUCCCUAAUGGAACUAAGGACUUCUUGGACAGUGAAUCGCAGCAUCCGCAGCUUCUGCAAGCCAUUUAUGAUUUCCAUGCAAGAAACCCCAAAGAACUUACCGUAAUGAAAGGAGAUCUAUUAGAGAUUUUGGACAAAAAGAAGAAAUGGUGGCUUGCUAGAAAUACUGCAGGGAUGGAGGGAUACAUUCCUAACAACAUCCUGGAGACUGUGGAUCCAAGGACAAUUAAGGGAAACAAUACACAGCAGGUCUCAAGUGGUUUCCCUGACCUCCAGCCAAGUUCCACCCCAGCAGAGGUCACAGCUUGGCUCAGGACAAAAGGCUUCUCCAAAAUCACAGUUAAGACCCUGGGUAUCCUUAACGGAAGACAACUGCUGUCAUUGAGCCAAGCUGAACUAAACGCAGCCUGCCCAGAAGAAGGGAGGAAAGUUUUUUCCAUACUUUCAGGAGGGAACACACAGCUUGGUCUGAUGUAG